GCCAAAUUUAGUUAAAAUGCAAAAUUCCAUCUCUGCUACACUAUUCACAUUUCAGCAUUAACUAGUGGUUACCAUAUUGGACAUGGCAGAUAAAGAACAUUUUCAUUAUUGCAGAAAGUUGUACUGGACAGCACUUUGCUAGAGCCAGAACUAGCCAAAGAUCAGAUAAAGUAAUAUGAAUGAACUGAAAACCCAGGCCGGUGCAUGGGUGGUUUUGAGUAAGAUUCACUGGUUGGGUGAGUGGGAAGCAAGCUGACCUUUGGAACAGUGACAUCACAAAGCACAGCUCACAAUGGCUCCAGAACAUGUAGGCCACCAGGCCACUACCCCUAACUGAUAUCUAGAUUCCUGAAGCUUCUGCACAUGUAGUUCCUGGAGCUGCUACUUAUUAAAAUGUCAACAUCUUCGUUUUCUAACUGGGACAACCUCUCAGAUUCUCUGAGCACAGUAUGGAAUUGGAUACAAGCAAGUUUUUUGGGAGAGACUAGUGCACCUCAGCAAACAAAUUUGGGACUAUUAGAUAAUCUUGCUCCGGCUGUGCAAAUCAUCUUGAGGAUUUCUUUCUUGAUUUUGUUGGCAAUAGGAAUAUAUGCCUUAUGGAAACGAAGUAUUCGGUCAAUUCAGAAAACAUUGUUGUUUAUAAUCACACUCUACAAACUUUACAAGAAGGGCUCAGCUAUUUUUCAGGCUUUGCUAGCCAACCCAGAAGGAAGUGGUCUCCGAAUUCAAGACAAUAAUAAUAUCUUCCUGUCCUUGGGUCUGCAAGAGAAAAUUUUGAAAAAACUUCUGACAGUGGAAAACAAAGUGAAGGACCUAGAAGGGAUAAUCAUUGCUCAAAAACCUGCCACGAAGAGGGAUUGUUCCUCUGAGCCCUACUGCAGCUGCUCUGACUGCCAGAGUCCCUUGCCCACAUCAGGGUUUACUUCCCCAUUUGAAAUGUGAUGGACUCCAAUCUUUUCCAGAAAAGCACUGUUUCCCUCAUGUGUGCCAUGGCGUAUCAAUAUAGAGAACUCUAUUGAAA